GGCGACCUCUCUCUCUCUCUCUCAAGAGCGGGAAGAGGAGAGGAAGGAGCGGGCGACGAACGAAUCGCCGCUUUGGCUUCACGAUCGCCAUGGGAGAUCACAGCCAGCGUCGAAAUUCGUCCUCGUUUUCUCGAUGAAUCUACAAGCACUGGGUUGUGAAUGAUGUUGCGGUGAAUGCGGUCUGACAUAGCUUCGCCACAUUUUGGUAUGUAUAGAUGUUUGCUUUAGUCUUUUUGAUGACUAGUAGAAUUAAAUUGUUUCGCGUACAUACAUGUGAUAGGUCCUUCUAAGUUACGUUUCUUUCCUAUAGGCACGUUAGCAUUUUAUUGAGUCAUAAAGGGCAACAUGAUAGUGUGCCUUUUAUUAGCUUAGAUGUGCUAACUUAGAUUGGUUAGGAUAAUAUUUUAGCUUUUAGUGAUUAUAAGAAUAACAAUAAUAAUAUUAAUAAUAUUAUUAUUAUAUAUCUUAAUAAAAAAUAUGUAGAUAACAUAUAGGUAAGCCGAUUCAGCUGAGUCAUCAUGAUGACUUGGUGUAGUCUAAAUAAUUUGAAAGGACUAGAAAGAGCUUUAAAUCAUUCCUCAUCUUGAAACAAACUCAAAGUUUGAGUUCUUGCCUGGUUUAGAUCAUAGAUUGGCAUUGUUCUAUGAUUUGAACUGAUGGUCUAACCGAGAAAUGAAUCAACACUACGAAGCUUGACAUCAUACUUUACCUGCUAUGUUUGAUAUGGGAUCUCCAAAUGUUCUCUCGAUACUGAACAUUCUGGUUUUGACUAUAUAUUUUGUUAAUUGAGAUGUGUAAUUUACAUGUUAGGUUUAAAUGUUUUAUAUUGAUUAUAUAAGUCCAACAAACACCUUUAUAUUGGUUAAUCGACCUAUAUUAACUUGAUGAGUCUGAACCGGCGAUCUAAAGUAUCUAUGCUCAUGUUAGUGAUAAUGGAUCCAGUCUAAACUUGUUAGUUAAUUCUAUUGUCCUCAAACCUUCAAUGUGGAAAAAAGUUGGAGUUUCACUUAAUUUUUAUCCUUUUAUAGCUCAAAUUCAGGAUGGACAAUGUCCUUCUCAGUUUGUUCCAGAUAAAUGUAUAACACUUGUUUCAAUUAGUUCCUCGAUAUAUUUUAGAUGAUUUUAAACCGGUUCAAACCAAACUUAUUAUUUUUGAUUCGAUUUGAUUAAAGUAAGAUAAUUCAAAUCGGAAACUAUUUGAAUCUAUCUAAUCAAAUCGAUUUGAAAUCGAUUAAUUCAAUUCGUUUGACUUGUUAAUCAGUUUAUAAUUUUAAGUAAUUAAAAAAAUAUUUUUUUAAAAAAAAAUAAAUUAGUUUAAUUUAAUUUAAUUUAAUUUAGCUGGAAUAUAGUCCAAUUAUACGACACUAAUAUUUAUAAAAUUAAACAUAUGAUGUUUGUAAAAUUAGGUAUUUAGAUUGAUUUGAUUAAUCGAUUUGAGCCGAUAAAUGGUGGGGGCAAACCGCGUUGAACCUUUCUUCUCCCUGCGAUCUUUCCCGUUUCCUCCGUCCCCUUACCCUGGCGGCAACCUCGUCGACUCUUCCUCCUCCACGCGUCCUUGCAUUUUCCUUCUCCUUCCUUUUUUUUGCGUUUUCUCGCUUGUUCACCCAAAGAACCAAUCAAACCAAGGGAGGCGUUGGGGCAAACAUCGCUAGGUCUCUUCCUGCAUCCAUCCCGUGUCUAAAACCGUGUCUUUUGUUCCACUCACUGACCUUCUCCGAAUCCACCUCCACUGCUCUCCUCUUUCCCUCACUCUCUCGUCGGCAUUUAUUACGAGUUAUAUGGUUACAGUUGUAGAGUAUUAAGAAAUAAAAGAGGAAAAGGUGUUGAGAGAGAGAGAGAGAGAGCCUAUCUAUCGUUCAGUGAUUGAGAUAAAAGAAGGGAGGGUGAUCAAAGCGAGGGCGAGAUGAACAACCUCUUUUCUUCCGCAUCUUGGCGACAAGACGUCGAGUCCGGUGGCGGACGAGGCUCGGAAUUGCAGAUGGCGGCGGGCGGGGCGAACCUGGACAGUUUUUUCGAAGACGUGGAGACCCUCAAGAAUGAUCUGCGGGAGGUGGAGCGCCUGCACCGCAGCUUACACGAGGCAAACGAGGAGGGGAAGUCCCUGCACGAGGCGUCGGCGGUGCGCGCCCUUCGCGCCCGCAUGGACGCCGACGUUGCCCUCGCCCUCAAGAAGGCCAAGUUCAUCAAGCUCCGACUCGAGUCCCUGGACCGCGCCAACGCCGCCAACCGCGCCGUCCCCGGCUGCGGGCCCGGCACCACCACCGACCGCACCCGCACCUCUGUCGUCGCCGGCCUUCGCAAGAAGCUCCGCGACUCGAUGGACGCCUUCGCGGAGCUCCGUUCCAAGGUCGCCUCCGACUACCGAGAGACGGUGGAGCGGCGCUACUACACGGUCACGGGGGAUGUGCCGGACGAGGCGACGGUGGACGAGCUGGUGGCGACGGGGGAGGGGGAGCGGUUCUUGCAACGGGCCAUCGAGGAGCAGGGCCGGGGCCGGGUGCUGGACGUGGUGGCGGAGAUCCGGGAGUGGCACGGGGCAGUGGCGGAGCUGGAGCGCAGCCUGCUGGAGCUGCAGCAGGUGUUCAUGGACAUGGCGGUGUUGGUGGAGGCGCAGGGGCAGCAGCUGGACGACAUCGAGAGCAACGUCGGCCGCGCCCAGUCCUUCGUCCGCCACGGCACCGAGCAGCUCGGCGCCGCCCGCCAGCACCAGAAGAGCACCCGCAAGUGGACCUGCAUCGCCAUCAUCAUCAUCCUCAUCAUCAUUCUUAUCAUCGUCCUCUCCAUCGUCCUAACCCACACUAACAAUUCGUCCUCGUCAUCGGCCUCCCCACCGUCCUAACCCUCAUAUCUUUUCAAUCGUACUGGUACUUGUUCUAUUUUUGUGAUGCUGUUCUUUGUUUUGUUUUCUUUUUCGGACGAAAUGGAUCACUCGUCACUGGGUGAUUUCUUUCUUUC